GACAUUCUUAUGUUAUUUGUAGUAGAAUGUUUAACACAAGUCACCAGUCUCCAACUUCCUACGUUUUUCCGGUUACUAAUCUAACCUUAUGGGAAGCGCAUUACUCAGCAUUCCACAUUCAAUGGCGCCAGCAGCCAACACUGCACUAUGUUUUCGUCUCGAUAAUGAGCAUUUUGGCGGUUCUGGGAACAUUGAUCAAUUUCAUAGUCAUUGUGUCCUUGCUUAUAAUCCGUGACCUGCAUAAGGUUGAAUACGUCUUUGUUGGAAAUCUGGCGGCUGCCGAUAUUCUGGUCACUGGAAUAAUUAUUCCAGUUAACGUAUUAGUCACCGUUCGUGGACCAUCCAUUUUCCGCGAUCAUCCUUGGUUCUGCCAACUCGACGGAACUAUCUGCUCCGCGGCCUGUAUCGGAUCAAUCUGGUGCAUCACGGCAAUCAGCGUAGAAAGGUACAUAUGCAUCUGCCACUACCACUCUGUCUAUCAGAAACUGUUUACCCCGCCCAAAGCAGCAUUAAUGAUCAUUGGCAUGUGGAUCGCUGCACAUGGGCUGCAUCUGCCCAAUUUUGUGGGAUGGGGUAGCACCGCUUAUUCCGGUGACCUGUAUCUAUGCACCACGGAACUACAUGUGCGGUCGUACUCUGUUUUUUAUGGAGCCACCGGGAUUCUGCUACCCAUUGGCAUCAGUUUCUAUGCAUACCUAAUGAUUUAUCUGCGCGUACGCCGCAGUCAGGCUGUGCGUCGACACUUCAUUGGUAACAAGAGCGCAAGACCUUCGAGCACUAUUACGAGUCUACCACCGGACGCAGGUCUCAAGAACGCCAGGGAGGAGGCCACCACUACCAGUGUGCAGGAUGAGAUGAAACUGUUGAGGGCACUCUUCAAGGUGUUCCUCAUAUUUUUGACAUCGUGGCUGGUAAUGGGGAUGUUCUUCGUGCUGCGAGCCUGGAUGUACUUUCCCAAGUGGUAUACAUGUAUCGGACUGAUUCUAUCACACGGAAGCAGCGCCACGAAUUCAGUGGUCUACUUUUGGAUGACUGAUUUAUUGCAGAUUACGAAAAACGGGAAUAUUGGUCAAUGUAUUAGUAAGAGUUUUUCCGGAUGCAAAUUUUCGCUGACCCAGGCCAAUGUGAUCGUUUCCUUGCUGGUGAUCCGCGAACUGCAUAUAAUCGAAUACGCUUUCGUCGUAAAUCUGGCGGCUGCCGACCUGCUGGUCACGGGAAUACUCCUUCCAGUAAAUAUUUUAGUGACCGUUUCGGGGCCUACCGUUUUCCGCGAUCAUCCCUGGUUCUGUGAAUUGGAUGGCACCAUCUGCGUUGCGGCCUGUACCGGAUCCAUCUGGUGCAUUACGGCAAUUAGCAUGGAAAGGCUGUAUGAAAUUACGCUGUAG